UCUGCGCUUCAAUGAAUGGAGGCGAGGGGGGCGGGUCCCCGCUGUCACUACGCCAAUAGCGUGCGGGGCCAGGCAGGCGUGCCCCGAGGCACACUGGGAGUUGUAGUUCCGACGGGCAAGAAGUUGCCUAGAGGGGGCGGGAGCGGCGACUACAAUCCCCAGGCGGCUGUGCGGGGAGGGUGCGCCCCGCCCCUCCGGUGUACCUUAGCGCAGCGCUGUCGCCGUUGCAGUCGCGCGUUAGAGGUGACCUCGAGGCUGUCGGACUCGGCGGUCGUCUCAGCCAUGGCCGAACCAAUCAGAGUCCUGGUGACUGGAGCUGCUGGGCAGAUCGCUUACUCCCUGCUCUACAGCAUUGCCAAGGGAGAUGUCUUCGGCAAAGAACAGCCUCUUGUUCUUGUGCUGCUGGAUAUCACUCCCAUGAUGACUGUGUUGGAAGGUGUAGUGAUGGAGCUGCAGGAUUGUGCUCUACCACUGCUGAGAGAGGUCAUUUCAACAGACAAGGAGGAAGUUGCAUUCAAAGAUCUUGACAUAGCGAUUCUGGUUGGCUCCAUGCCAAGAAGAGAGGGCAUGGAGAGAAAGGAUUUACUCAAAGCAAAUGUGAAAAUUUUCAAGUCUCAGGGUGCAGCCUUGGACAAGUAUGCCAAAAAGACUGUCAAGGUUGUGGUAGUUGGGAAUCCAGCGAAUACUAACUGCCUGAUUGCUUCAAAGUCAGCCCCCUCAAUACCAAAGGAAAACUUCAGCUGUUUAACUCGCCUGGAUCACAACAGAGCUAAAUCUCAGAUUGCUCUGAAACUUGGUGUGACUGCUAAUGAUGUGAAGAAUGUCAUCAUCUGGGGGAACCACUCCUCCACUCAAUAUCCAGAUGUUAACCAUGCAAAGGUAAAUGUGAAAGGAAAGGAAGUUGGAGUUUAUGAAGCUAUAAAAGAUGACAGCUGGCUGAAGGGAGACUUUAUCCUGACUGUUCAGCAACGUGGAGCAGCUGUUAUCAAGGCUAGGAAGCUGUCCAGCGCGAUGUCAGCUGCCAAAGCUAUCUGUGAUCAUGUGAGGGACAUCUGGUUUGGCACUCCAGCGGGGGAAUUUGUUUCCAUGGGAGUCAUUUCUGAUGGCAAUUCUUAUGGUGUUCCUGAAGACUUGCUGUAUUCAUUCCCUGUUGUAAUUAAGGACAAGACCUGGAAGUUUGUUGAGGGUCUUCCUAUUAACGAUUUUUCUCGUGAGAAGAUGGAUCUGACUGCUAAAGAGUUAACUGAAGAGAAGGAGACUGCUGUGGAAUUCCUUUCCAGUGCAUGACUGGGUGAUCAGGAAUUACAAAAUCACCUAAGAGUGGAAGAAUCUAAAAGUCGUCUCUGAGUCUGCUACCAAACACCAUUACUGUAUUCAAGUCAACUGUCUGUGGCAACUGUGCAUUUUAAAGUUCAUAUGCUUACUGGUACUGUUGUGCCUAUUGAGUUAUUAGCAAUGAGAAUAUUAAAUAAGUAAAACUAGUUUGUUGACCAAACUUUCUGUUCAAUACUAUUUGCUUUCUGUAUAUGAUACAGAACAAUUGUUUGUCUCAGCCUUGGCUACUAACGCACAAUCUUGGUUUUGAUUAGAACUUGGCACUACAGGAACAUGUCCUAGCCUGUGAUCACUUUGCAUCCAUCUGCUCAACUGAAAAUAAAAUCAAAAUGCCAAUAGUUCUCCUUGAACUAGUACUUCAGUGACUCAAACCUAUCAGUGCACAAGCUGACUCCAAGUAUAUACUGUUCACUCUGGUUAUGCUCUACAGUGCUUGUCAAUAGAAAUAUUAAAAGAUGCUUAAUCACAUAA